GAGAUUUAAUUAUAAUAGAAAUAGAGAAAAAAACCCCAAAACAAACAAAACUAAACUAAACAAAAAAAGAAAGUAAGCCUUGACAGAAGCCUAGCUGGACACGCUCAAAGAACAAGUCCAGUCUUCCUUCCUUUCUUUCUUUUUUCUUUCUUUCUUUCUUUCUGUCAUUUCUCUGUGUUUGGCCUCGGUGAUGUGUUGGCGGUGCUCUCUGGACCGUAGCCCCUUGCAGUGAUGGACCGGGCCGGGAGAUGAGCAGCGGGCGGUGUGGGGGUGCCAGGGGCGCAAGAGGAGGUCUGGCCACACGGUGAGAUAGGCCUCAUGUGUUGGGCCUCCUCUGUGUUCUGGUCCCCACCAACCCUCAUCCUCCCAGCAUCAGUGGGAUGUCCCAGGUGUGUCUCCUCUUGGUCUUGCUUAUGCUCUGCAGCUGCACAAAGGUCUCCUCUACUAACUCCCUGGAGCUUGUGAAGGAGCAGUGGAACAGCUACAAAACCCAGUGCCUGGACUACCUCAACAGUACGGCCCCUACCACAGGGCUGGUGUGUAACAGGACCUUCGACCUGUACGCCUGCUGGCCUGAUGGACUCCCAGGCACAACUGUCAAUGUUUCGUGCCCAUGGUUCCUGCCAUGGUACAGUAAAGUUCAGCACGGUCUGGUCUACAGAGUCUGCAAGGAAAAUGGUGAAUGGGCACGGAAGAACACCAGUGAAUGUGAGGACGAUCCUGGUGAGCAGCAGUAUGGCCGCAUACUGAAUCAGUUACGGAUCAUGUAUACAGUGGGCUACUCGCUUUCCCUUGGAGCUCUGCUGCUGGCACUGGGAAUCCUCAUCACCUUCAGGAAGCUCCACUGUAUGAGGAAUAACAUCCACAUGAACCUGUUUGCCUCCUUCAUCCUGAGAGCCGUGUCCAUCCUGGUUAAAGAUGCUCUGCUAACCCUUACACUGGACCCCAGGAGCAGCAGCGACACCCGGACACAAGCCUCCAUUAAUAUACCGGCUGUGACAUGGUGCCGCGGUGCCAUGGUGAUGAUGCAGUACAGCGUGAUGGCCAACAACUAUUGGCUUCUGGUGGAAGGCAUCUACCUGCACAGCCUGCUGGUCAUCACUGUGUUCAGUGAGAGGAAGUACUUCUACAUUUACCUGGCCAUUGGCUGGGGUGCACCACUCAUAUUCGUAUUGCCGUGGAUCACAGUGAAAUAUCUGUAUGAGAAUGAAGAGUGCUGGGAGAGAAAUAUUAACAUGGGAUAUUGGUGGAUCAUCCGUUCUCCGAUACUGUUUGCUUAUCUGAUUAACUUCUUCAUAUUCAUCAGAAUUAUCAAAAUCCUGAUGUCUAAACUAAGAGCUCAUCAGAUGAGAUACACUGACUACAAGUUCAGAUUAGCAAAAUCCACUCUGACUCUCAUUCCCCUGCUUGGGAUUCACGCCAUCCUCUUCACUUUCGUCAUCGACGAGUCCGUCCCUAAAGGCUCCAUGCUGCGUCUCAUUCGCCUCUUCUGUGACCUGCUGUUUAACUCUUUCCAGGGCCUGCUGGUUGCCAUCCUGUACUGCUUUGUCAACAAAGAGGUGCAGUCAGAGAUGCUGAAAAAGUGGAAGAGGUGGAAGCUGGGCAAGGACAUUGAGGAGGAGUAUCGACACACCCACAGCCACACGCCGCACAUCAAGAGUGGCAGCAUCGCCACCGGCAAUCUGCCAUAUCUCCACGAUAACAAUGCCAGCGACCCCAGUGGCGAUUCGCCUCGCCUCGACAAAGCUGACAGAGGGCCCUCAUGCUCCGCCGCACCAGAGGAGAACCGGCGACUGGUCGUCUCCUACAGCAACGGGAUGGGGAAAGGCAAACCCGCCAGAAGCAGACGCACCCUGCAAUUCUCUUUCCUGCCACACAGAGGCUCCGCCAGUCAUGUCAGCACUGCCACAGGGGACAUGUGUGUGGAGGAGAAGGCGCAGUGCCGCAGAUACCAUCUGGAAGGAGAGGAGACUAACGUCUGAGGGCAACCGCUCUGAGCCCUCAUCAUGAAAGCUCUCCCUGACUGUGCUUAUCGUUGUUUCAGAUCAAUGUCUGUCACGCGCCAACAAGAA